UAACAAGCUCGGAUGAAAGAAAAAAACAAAAGGGCGCAAAAGCACCCCUGACACAGGCCCCAAACCAAACUGCAAAACAAAAUCCCCAACAGAAAAAAACUGCAGGUGCGCAGGAGCUAUUCCUCACACCAGACAGCACCCUCACAAGCUGUUCGAAACACUGCAGCUCCCCACCACUCUGUUUUUUUUUUUUCGCUCAAUUCUCUAUGCUAAAUGGUUUAUCUAUGUACUUUGUUCUCACCUUUUUCACAACCUGCUGCUACAGAUUUCUCUGCUGUAAAUUAGGGUUCUUCACCAUGAAUACGGAUAAUUUCAAGAAGGACAUUGAUGAACUUAUAGAUCAAUUCGCUCAGGAUGAGUCAAAAACUUUGGCUGAUAUGAAGAGAGUAUGGAUUUCUAAGAAGUUUUCCUACAUUUAUGAAGCUUCUCCUUCUAAAAACUUGGCCUUCUUUAUGCAAUCUCUGUAUGCUCAUUGUAUAGGUUACAUGGUUAGCAAUGGUUCCUUAUCAUACAAACUGGGUGGCCUGUAUUGCCUGUACUGUCUUUACGAGACUCAACCAUUCAAACCUCCUUUUAAGGUCUAUAUAUCCCUUGGAGAGUUAAAAAAUCUUAGAAUUCUUGUUAUUGAUGCAAAGGCAAAUGAUAUCGGAGUUGUGCCUGCUUUAGUCAAAAGAAUGCUGGAAAGUAACACGUUCCUUUUUGGUGCUGUUGACUUAGCGGAAUGUUCUGCCACAGAAACAGUAAACCAACUCGAACAAUUACAGAAGGCCCGUAUUCAAGCUGCAUAUGAAAAGUUGUUUGAUAGCAUGCCAAUUGAAAACUAUGUCCGCAUGGACCUUGGAUUGGAAGUAGACCUCAAUUUGCUGAAGAAAAUGUCAGCUGAAUAUGCUGAGGCAAAAAAUGUAGCUAUUAAAGAAGCAAGCAGUAUAUUGGACGUCCAAAACAUAAAGCACAUAUCAGAAGACAAGGAGUUGAUAGGAGAUGUUGUGGAGAAGAUUGCUGGUGAUUGGCACGUCCAGAAACAAACAUUUUAUAAACAAACAGGAUUGGGAGAGACCGACGAAUAUGAACAGGAGCUGGAGCAAUUACUUCUACAGCAGUACUCAGAUGAUGAUUAACUUAAUCAAGACUGAAAACAAACGUCUAAGUUCUAGUUUCUUGUUUAUAGGGAAUUUCACAAACUUAUAGUCUUGUAUAGAUUGCACGUGAGGUAGAGGAGACCUAGAAAAACUAGAAGAGAAACUAUUAGAUAAGACUUGGAGAUUAAUGAGGUGGACCAAAAUAUGGUUUAUGAUAGAACAUUGUGGCAAUAUGGCGUAAUUUGAUCUAUAUAGCUGACCCGACAGUCUCCAAUUAGUGGGAUAAAGCUUGGAUUGCAUGUCAUUUCAAAGAAGGAUGUUUUCUAAUAGAAGAUUUAAAGUCCUUUGCA